AUGAAUAAAGAUCCUCUGAGCCGAGGAUUCCUCUGCUCUGCCUCAGAUAAAGAUCCUCUGAGCCGAGGAUUCCUCUGCUCUGCCUCAGAUAAAGAUCCUCUGAGCCAAGGAUUCCUCUGCUCUGCCUCAGAUAAAGAUCCUCUGAGCCAAGGAUUCCUCUGCUCUGCCUCAGAUAAAGAUCCUCUGAGCCAAGGAUUCCUCUGCUCUGCCUCAGAUAAAGAUCCUCUGAGCCAAGGAUUCCUCUGCUCUGCCUCAGAUAAAGAUCCUCUGAGCCAAGGAUUCCUCUGCUCUGCCUCAGAUAAAGAUCCUCUGAGCCAAGGAUUCCUCUGCUCUGCCUCAGAUAAAGAUCCUCUGAGCCAAGGAUUCCUCUGCUCUGCCUCAGAUAAAGAUCCUCUGAGCCAAGGAUUCCUCUGCUCUGCCUCAGAUAAAGAUCCUCUGAGCCAAGGAUUCCUCUGCUCUGCCUCAGAUAAAGAUCCUCUGAGCCAAGGAUUCCUCUGCUCUGCCUCAGAUAAAGAUCCUCUGAGCCAAGGAUUCCUCUGCUCUGCCUCAGAUAAAGAUCCUCUGAGCCAAGGAUUCCUCUGCUCUGCCUCAGAUAAAGAUCCUCUGAGCCAAGGAUUCCUCUGUUCUGCCUCAGAUAAAGAUGCGAUGUUAUUGGGGCUGUUUAACCUCAUAACGUCCCUCUCCCUGUUUUCCUCCCCCAGGCGAGCGUUGAACCUGGGCAUCCUGCGCGACCCGGGGUCAGAGGUGGAGGACCGUCAGUACCAGCUGGAUCUGCAGUCCAUCAACAUCGGUACCGCCCAAUGGGACCAGCUCAAACCAGAGAAGGAGGGGUCUAAGGGGGGCGUGUCCACCGAGACAGAGAGGAACUCACAGAACCCUGCCUUGGAAUGGAACCUGGCCAGCAGUAUAAGGAGACACCAGGAGAGGAGAGCCAUCCUCACCCCCAUCCUGACGGACUUCUCUGUCAGGGUGACAGCAGCACCUGCCAUCAUAUUCAACAAGCCCAGAUCCCCUGACAACAGACAAGUGGAGGAGGUGCUGGUGUGUGGUCACUCCCUGGAGGUGAAUGCAACAUCUAGUCUGCAGUUCUUCCUCAGUGUGGCCCAGGUCCACCUGCUGCAGCUACUGUUCCAAGCCAACAUGGUGGAGAGACCUGCCCCAGAGACCAGACAGGUAAGAGAUGGUCACAUCCCAACCCAGGUCCACCUGCUGCAGCUACUGUUCCAAGCCAACAUGGUGGAGAGACCUGCCCCAGAGACCAGACAGGUAAGAGAUGGUCACAUCCCAACUCAGGUCAACAUGGUGGAGAGACCUGCCCCAGAGACCAGACAGGUAAGAGAUGGUCACAUCCCAACUCAGGUCAACAUGGUGGAGAGACCUGCCCCAGAGACCAGACAGGUAAGAGAUGGUCACAUCCCAACUCAGGUAAACAUGGUGGAGAGACCUGCCCCAGAGACCAGACAGGUAAGAGAUGGUCACAUCCCAACUCAGGUCAACAUGGUGGAGAGACCUGCCCCAGAGACCAGACAGGUAAGAGAUGGUCACAUCCCAACUCAGGUAAACAUGGUGGAGAGACCUGCCCCAGAGACCAGACAGGUAAGAGAUGGUCACAUCCCAACUCAGGUCAACAUGGUGGAGAGACCUGCCCCAGAGACCAGACAGGUAAGAGAUGGUCACAUCCCAACUCAGGUAAACAUGGUGGAGAGACCUGCCCCAGAGACCAGACAGGUAAGAGAUGGUCACAUCCCAACUCAGGUCAACAUGGUGGAGAGACCUGCCCCAGAGACCAGACAGGUAAGAGAUGGUCACAUCCCAACUCAGGUCAACAUGGUGGAGAGACCUGCCCCAGAGACCAGACAGGUAAGAGAUGGUCACAUCCCAACUCAGGUCAACAUGGUGGAGAGACCUGCCCCAGAGACCAGACAGGUGCAGCGUGGGGAGCAGCAGUGUCGGUCCUCGGCGGGGUCUUGCGGUGUGGACUCGUCGUCCAGUCGCAGCGGCGUCCAGGACAGUGGGUUCGGCAGCGACAGCGCCAGGAUCCGUAUCGUCCAGAUGGAGCAGCAGAGUGGAGGUUCCCAGCAACGCAUCGCUAGACCCUCCAGGGAGUCCACCGUCAUCAAGAACCUCUCCUUCGUCCCCUUCGACGUCUUCCUGACCGCGAGUAAACUCUCUCUCAUGACCUACGCCUGCUCCACUCUAGCCAAGACCCCCCCCGCCUCGCCGGAGAAGAGGGAUGGAGACGGGCCGACAGGGAAGAGUGUCCUGAACCAGCCAGACACCAUCCCUACCUCCUCCUCCUCCCCCAACCCUCCUCCCCCGGUCCCUCUGUCAGGGCUGACAGCAGAGGACCUCCUGAACAGUAACACCGUUCCCCAGGAGCCCCGCGGUUCCCUCCUCUCCCUGGACUCCCUGCCCGCCCCCAGCCGCUCCUCGGCCCGCCAGGCCCUGGGGGUCACCAUCGUGAGGCAGCCUGGGAGGAGAGGGGCUGGAGACUGGGUCCUGGAGCCUCUACUGUACCUCCAGGUGCUCCAGCCAUCGGCCCUGCUCAGCUGUCACCACCGUAAACAGAGGAUGGACGUGUCUGUGUUUGAUGUGUCUCUGAGGGGAGUCUCCUCUGACUAUAAGUGUCUGGAUCCAGGGAAGUCUCUCCCAGAGGUAUUAGACUACAGUGUAUUGUGGGUCCAGACAGUAUCAGGAGAGUCUGACAGUCAGACAGGUGUUCCUCCUCCUCUGGCCUGUCUGCAGAUCAGAGACUUCCUCAGUGGACCAGCGGAGCUGAACGUGGAGCUGUCCCGGCCCCUGAAGGUGAACCCUACGCUGGUGAAACUGGAGCAGACCAAAGCCUACCUGAGGAGGGUCCUACCUCAUCACUACUGGGAGUCUCCCAAACCCCCCUCCACCCCUCAUUCCUCCCCCAGUAGGACCUCGUCCUCCUCUCCCCCUCGUCCCGACCCCUCCCACCUCAGCUCCCUAAGGUCCCUGGCACCCUUCCACAAGGUGUCCCUCCGCACCGCCCAGAUCGUGGUUGUCAUGGAGACCGAGUCGCACCCUGCCCGGCCCAGCCUGUCCUGGUCGGUGUCGGCUAUGAAGGGUAUCAUGAACAUGAAGACUGGGCCCAAGCUAGACGACCCGGUCCAGUCAGUCUCAGUGCUGUUGGAGCUGCAGGAUAUCCUGUUAAGGACGGGUCUGAAGGAUCGGAGCCGUCUGCUGCUGGGGCCUUUCUCCUGUAGCGCCGCCCUAGAGGCCAGGUGGUGUAGGCACAGCAGUUCUGAACCUGAGACUGGGACCCCUAAACUACUGCUGGACCUGAAGGGAGGCCUACUGCAGGUGUUCUGGGGCCAGGAGCAUGUAAACUGUCUGCGGCUGGUGUAUGAACACCUGCAGGCCUACCUCCAGAGGAACCAGGGAUCUGGGUCUGGGACUGGGUCUGGGGCUGGGACUGGGUCUGGGUCUGGGUCUGGGUCUGGGACUGGGACUGGGGCUGAAGAGGAAAAGCCCCCCUUUGCCACCCAGUCACCCCCCUCCCCUGAAUCCCCCUCCCCCAGGACAGAACACAGCUCUGAUGACCUCCGCACUGGGCUGUUCCAGUACAUACAGAACUCAGCCUAUCAGAAACUACCUGGUCCAUAUGAGGUUGUGUUCUAUAACGAAACAGACGACAGUCCCGGCGUCAUGCUGUGGCGUUACCCAGAAUCCCGCGUGUUGACCUUCGUACGCAUCACUCCAGUCCCCUUCAACACCACCGAGGACCCCGAGAUCAGCACCGCAGACCUGGAGGUGCCGUGCAGCCUGGAGUAUUGGGACGAGCUCCAGCACGCCUUCGUCCCCUACCGAGAGUUCAGCCUAUCAGAGAGUAGCGCCUGCGAGCUGACCCUGCCCAGCCUGACGCUGACCAAUGAGCAGAAGGAUCUGGUGACCUCUGACCUGUGGAGGAUCGUCCUCAACAACAACCCAGACGGAGGAGACGAACAGAGUUCUGACAGUGAGUCAGGUUCUCAGCAGGGUUCCUCGGGGUCCCAGCUUCUGCCCUGUGACCAGCUGGUGUCCCCCACGGCGCUGGCAGCUUGUACCCGUGUCGACUCCUGCUUCGCCCCCUGGUCCGUGCCCUCCCUGGGCGUGUCUCUCACCCUGGCACAGAUACAGCUGCACCUCUACCACCACCUGGAGCAGCUGGGCACAGCGCCGUCACGUCGACUCCGCCCCUUCCUGCCGGACAGGAAGUUGCCCCAGGAGCAAGAGUACCUGGUCAUCGGGGCACAGGAGCCGCGGCUGUUCCUCCGCCAGUGGAGCGGCGGCGUCGGCGGUAACGUCAGCGCCGCCCGGCUCUGCCAGGAGAUCCAGUUCUCCACCGAGCUGGACUGCAGAUUGUUGGAGUACCGGAACUUGACUUGGCUCAGCCUGCUGCAGCCGUUCAUACUGCAGGGUCAGGCUGCGGUCACACGCUGCUCCAACAACGUCCUCCUGGACGGGAACGUCUUCGUAGACCCGGUCUUCAUCAACAUCAGCCAGAACACCGUUCACAGUCUGGAUACGGCCCUACGGGCCUGGCAACAGAACGGGGAUGAAGGUGCAGAGGAGUUGUUGAUCAGUCACCAUGUGCUCUGUAACGACACCCAGGAGACCCUGAGGUUUGGCCAGGUGGACACCGAUGAGAACGUCCUGCUGCCCUCCUCACACAGCCACCAGUACAGCUGGAGGAGCCACAAGUCACCACAGCUCCUUCAUAUCUGUAUAGAGGGCUGGGGUAACUGGCGUUGGUCUGAGGCCUUCAGUGUGGACAACGUGGGGACUCUGUUGAGGACUAUCCAAUAUAAAGGACGGACUGCGUCGCUCAUCAUCAAGGUGUUGCAGCUCAACGGUGUCCAGAAACAGGUAAUCAUCUGUGGUCGCCAGGUGAUGUGUAGUUACCUGUCUCAGGACAUUGAUCUGCGGGUGGUGCAGCACUAUGUGAAUCCAGAAGACCAGACGGUGGUUAAGGAACAUGUUGACUGUCUGGAGGCUGGGAGGAAGCUGCCCUCCUACGUGCUGGAGGACUCAGAGCUGACAGAGCUGUGUGUCAGAACCAGAGGAGAUGAGGACUGGUCUCGGGAUGUCAGACUGGAGAGGAAGGAGAAGGAGAGGGGGAGUAGCUCUGUGGUACAGGUGCCUUGUUCCAGCGGCUCGUUGCUCUACGUGUGGUGCACCCUGAUCACCAUGGAAACGGACUCUCACAUGCAGCAGAGAGUGGUUGUAUUUAGUCCUCUGUUCAUGAUGCGUAGCCACCUUCCAGACCCUGUCAUCAUCCACACAGAGAAGAGAAGUCUGGGGCUGAGAGAGAGUCAGCUGAUCCAGGGACAGGGUCACCAGGAACAACUACUGAACACGGAGAAUGACCUGACACACCACCUCACCUUCCAGGCCAGUGAGGACGAGGAUGCGUCUCACUGUGCGGUGCCCAUCUCCACCAGUGUGAUCAAACAGAUAGUGAACAGGAACCAGGCUGGGUUGGAGGACAGCCAGGACCACAUACUGGCAGACUUCUACGGUCUGAAGAACAACAGCCAGUCUCCAUGGCCCUACGUCAGCAAGGACACAGACAGACCUGGAUCAGAAGUCCUAGCCCAGUGGGACAGCCCCAUGCAGGUGAAGUUGUCAGCCUGGAUGUCUGGUCUCAACACUCUUCUAGUAGAGCUCAUCCCCUGGGCCCUGUUGACCAACCACUCUACAUGGGACCUCUGGCUGUUUGAAGGAGAGACCAUCGUCCUGCAGAUACCCGCUGGAAAGACCCUCGUUCCUCCUAACUUCAAGGAGGCGUUUCAGCUGGGUAUCUACUGGUCCGACACUAACACGGUCCAUAAGUCUACAGCCCUGAAGCUGGUCCAUGACCUGACGUCUCCGCGCUGGAAAGAGGGUGUCAGUCCUGAGGUCCUCACCCUGGACGAGGAGGGCUAUGUGGAGGCAGAGAUCCCCCUGGGGAGGAACCCUGGGAGACAGAAGGUUUGUCAGUUCUGCGUGUCGUCUGUGGUGAGACACGGCAUUCAGAUUAUCCAGAUAGAAGACAGGACCAUCCUGGUUAACAACACCCCCUACUUCCUGUCAUAUAGAGCCCUACUGUCUGACCAGGCCCUGGGGACCACAGACCAGGCCUGUUCUCUCCCAGAUACAGCGGUGCUCAGCCUUGCCCCAGCGGGAGAGAACACACCUUCCACACCUGUCUCUGUGGCCUGCUGGGACCUGCUGAGAAAGGAGGGGGAGAUCCCUCAGUUCCCUCUACCAACCAGACACAUGAUGUUCAGCUGCCUGCCCACCAUAGACUCUGGACCUGCAGCUGGGUCUGAGUCCUGGAGCCUCCCGGCCCCCAUCAGACCUGACUUCCCCAGGCAGAGUGUGGCCGUCCCUGGGGAGAUCUGCAGUAGCAGUGGCCUGAGCACCAGAGCGUUGGUGAUGACGUAUCAGGAACACCUGGGCGUCACCUACGUGGCUGAGCGGGACCCCUGUCCUCACAUGGUCAUCCACAACCAGACCCCUCUGUCUAUGCUGCUCAGGGAGAAUCUUCCCCGCCUGCAGACAGAAGAGCCUCUACCCACCGUGCUGCUGAAGGCCAGUCCUGACCCCAACAGUCUGCAGCCCAGCGACCUGCAGGCGUCUCCGGAGUGGAGCGACCCCGUGGACAUCAACUGCCCCGGCACACAGGUGGUUUUCCUUCCAGGGUUUGGCUGUCUCUACAUAGAUGUCGUCCAUCAGGAUGGCACAGUCAUCCUCACCCUGGCACCAGAGGGCAGCGUGGACUCUGUCAUGAGCCUGCACAACAGGACGUCCAAUCGGAAGCUGGCGUUCAGGGUGUUGCUGAGCGAGGCCAGUGUGUCGCUGAGUGAUGACAUCACCAGUCGUUCGGGUUCCGUGGAGCUCUUGAGGCUGACUCUGUCCAAACUGCUACUGAACCUGUGUCCUGCCCGUCUGGGUGACUCUGGCAUGGGGCUGGUCACCGCCGGGAUGGGAGAGGCCUGUCUGGUCGAAGUCCACUGUGCCAGCCUGCAGGUGGAUAACCAGCUGUAUAACCGUGCCAGCUUCCACUUCCCAGUGUUGUUGUGCCAGGAGCAGUGUGUGGAGCUCCCCUCUGGACCAGCGAUGCCAACCCACCACCUCACUACAGGCCUGGAGGAGUUUAAGGCGUCGUGCUUCCUCCAGCUGGGACUCACCUUGGACAGGGAGGGCUACCGUGUGGACCAGCUGACCUUCCACAUCAAACCAGCCCGUCUCUACCUAGAGGACACCUUCGUCUACUACAUCAAGACUCUGUCUCACACCUACAUCCCAGACUCAGCCCUGGCCCCUUCCCCGGGCCCUAACCCCUCGGAGCGCUGCGGGGGUCCCCUGCUCCCGGAGACCGUCCUUCAGUCCAUCCCAGCCCUGGUGCAUCCUCUGAGGCUGCAGCGCCUGGUCAUUCAGCCGGUCGACCUGUUGGUCAGCAUCCACGCCUCUCUGAAGCUCUACAUCGCCUCGGAUCACACGCCGUUGUCGUUCUCCCUGUUCGACAGAGGACCGCUCUGUACUACAGCCAGACAGCUGGUCCACGCACUCACCAUGCACUACGCUGCCGGGGCACUGUUCAGGGCUGGCUGGGUGGUGGGGUCUCUGGAUCUCCUUGGUAGUCCUGCCAGUCUGGUGAGGUCCUUCGGUAACGGAGUAUCAGACUUCUUCCGUCUGCCAUAUGAGGGUUUGACCCGGGGCCCGGCCUUCGUCAGCGGAGUGUCACGAGGAACCACCUCGUUCGUCAAACACAUCUCUAAAGGCACGCUGACUUCCAUCACCAACCUGGCGACCAGCCUGGCCAGGAACAUGGACCGGCUGUCCCUGGACGAGGAGCACUAUACCAGGCAGGAGGAGUGGAGGAGGCAGCUGCCUGAGAGCCUGGGGGACGGACUCAGACAGGGCCUGUCUAGACUGGGCAUCAGCCUACUGGGAGCGAUAGCUGGCAUCGUGGACCAGCCCAUGCAGAACUUCCAGAGGGGUUCAGAGAUGCAGAGUUCAGCAGGCAGCAAGGCCAAAGGGGUCAUCUCUGGAGUGGGGAAAGGCAUCGUGGGGGUCUUUACCAAACCUAUAGGGGGCGCAGCAGAGCUGGUCUCGCAGACGGGACACGGUAUCCUUCAUGGAGCUGGUCUCUGGCAGCUCCCCAAACAGCUGUACCUCCCAGUAGACCAGAGGUCGGCCCUCGCGCCCAACAGUCACGUCAAAUACGUCUGGAAGAUGCUCCAGUCCCUGGGUCGUCCAGAGGUUCACAUGUCCCUGGAGGUGGUGAUCGUGUCCGGGUCGGGUCAGGAGCAUGCUGGGUGUCUGCUGCUGACAGGGGAGGUGGUGUUUGUGGUCAGUCUGUCUGAAGACACACAGCAGCAGGCCUUCCCCAUCACCGAGGUGGCCUGUCAACAAGACCCCCACCACCUGGGGGCGCUGACCCUCACGCUGCAGCAGCAGAGACUCACCAACGAUGUAGAGGGUGACAGUGGGAGGGAGUGGUUGUCAGAGCAGCAGUAUGGUCGCCUGGUGGACUAUGUGACUCGUGCGUCUGCCUUCCUCUCCCCGUCGGCCUCGUCCCUCCAGCAGGCUCCUCCCAUCACCCCGGCCGAGCCUCCGCCCGCCGUCACCAAGACCUACCGUUACCUGGUCAGCCCCGCCCACGCCGCCGUGUUCGUCUCCAAGUUCACCAUGGUCAAGAACAAGGCGCUGCGCAUCGGCUUCCACUGACACACACACCUUUAGAGAGACACACCUGUACACACACACCUUAACAGAGACCCUGACACACACUCACACACACACCUUAACAGAGACCCUGACACACACUCACACACACACCUUAAC